AUGGCGCCCGUAACCGCCAACCACCAAGAGGCCCAGGAGUCGGUUAAGAAUGUGAUCCAAGACAUCCUGAACCUCAUGGUUCAAGUCUCGCAAUACGACACCAACCCUUCCUCGAGCAACAACAACACACCUACGAACCGAGCCGGCGGCGGCGGCGGCCACCCCUCCUCGCGCGAAGUCAUUACCCAGUCUCUCCAAACCCUCGACGCCUCGUUACUAUCCGUCUACCGCACCGCGAGCCUCCUCCCUUCCUCCCCCUCGUCUCCGAGCCACUCCUCUCUCCCCGGCGGAGGAACAACAGAACUCGAACGCGCCGAAGCCGCUCAAUUCGCCUCCACCUUCGCCAACACGCACAACCCCUACGCUCCCCACUUACACCAACCGGGCCCCCAAAACCCAGGAAUCCCCAUACCCUUGAUCACGUACGUCGAGAACGGUCGAAACCCGGACGUGUACACACGCGAGUUCAUCGAGCUGAUGCACGCCUUUCGCGAUUUCCGGGACGUUUUGGCGGGCGAGAUGGAGGCCGCGUUGCCUGAGCUGAGGGAGGAUGUGAGGAGGGUGGUGGAGGCUACCGGCGGACCAGGGCCGGCGGAAGGGUCAGAGGAGAAGGCGAGGGAGGGCGUCGUGGCUAGUAUGGCCGUUGGAGGGGAUGGUCAGGGACAGGCAGGUGGAGGUCAGGGACAAGGCGGCCAGCAGUAG